ACGUCCCCUACAAUUAGCAAUAACAUCAAUGUAUGUUAGCGGGUACCUAAAAGAAAAAAUCAGCGAAGCAAUCAACAAAAUUAGUGAAGCUAUAAGCAAGACUAAUAAACCUCUCAUCGAUCCAAUAAACAGACUCGCUUAUUCUUUGACUAAACAUACAUCACAGAGCGCUUAUUAG